AUGGCCCCCCUCGUUUUUGUCGUUGGCGGAACGGGAGCCCAGGGCAUUCCUGUUAUCCGCGGCCUCGUCAAGGACGGCGCCUACUCAGUGCGAUUCCUGACUCGAGACGCGACGUCGGCCAGAUCGAAGCAGCUUCUCGCCCUGGGAAACGUUGAAGCUCUUGAGGGUAGCUUUGCAAGCGAGGCUGAUCUUCGCAAGGGAUUUCGCGGUGCCCAAUAUGCCUUUGUGAACAUUGAUGGGUUCAACAGCGGCGAGAAGACUGAGAUCUUCUGGGCUAUUCGAUCAUACGAACUUGCGCUGGAAGAGGGCAUCAAGUUCUUUGUUUAUGGCAACCUAGAUUACGUGUAUAAGAAGAGCGGAUACGACCCCAAGUUUAGAUGUGGCCAUUACGAUGGAAAGGGCCGCAUCGGCGAAUGGAUUCUCCAGCAAAACAAGGUACCCGAGAAUGCAAAGCGGAUGGGCGCUGCCAUCUUCACAACCGGUCCGUACAUGCAAAUGGCGCUCGGCCAGCGCACACCAAUGUCUCCCGUGAUUGAAGACGGAGUUGUCACCUGGAAAGUGCCUCUUGGACAAGGUGCCGUGGCUCACGUUGAUCUCGACGACUGCGAGUACUAUGUUCGAUGGCUAUUUGACCACCAGUAUCGCUCCAACGGUCUGGAUCUCGAAGUCGCCAUUGAUCUUGUGGAUUACCACGAAAUGGCCAAGGCUUUCACAAAGGUCACCGGCCAUCCUGCAAAAUAUGUUGACAUCGAUUUGGAUACGUACUGGACAUCAGGACCCUUUGGUUCCGGCCAACACGCCGCUGGCUAUAACGCUGAUCUCUCAGAUCCAAGCACAAUGAACAUCCGAGAUAACUUUACUGGGUUCUGGAACAUGUGGAAGCACACCCACACGGGAAACCGCGGUGUCAUCAAGCGCGACUUUGCCCUGUUGGACGAAAUUCACCCCAACCGUAUCAAGUCUGCUGAAGAGUGGUUUUUGCGAGAGGAGAAGAGGAGCAAGGAGCUGGGCUUGCCCAGCCUUUGGGAGCGAGCCACCAAUCUGAAGCCUGUCUUGAAAAUCGCAGAAGAUGGACGGAGGGGCCGUCUAUAG